AUGCCAUUGGAAACAGAUCGAGAACCAGCGACACAGAACCAAUAAAAGAAAAACAAUCUUCAAAGAAAGCAAUGCACUCAACCAAUAAAACGAGUGAAGAAAAAAGAAAUAUUGAAGAAGAUGACCUUGAAAGUAAGGUAGAAGGGGGACGACAAGAUACCGAACAGAUACCAAAUACAGAAACUAUAUACAAGGACUCAGAAAAUCGGGAAAUGGAAGAAACGUCUCAAGCAUGUACAAAUACGUCAGAUAAGGACAGAACUGAUGAAGAAGAGAAACUUGGGGAGCCAGCAAAUUUACAAAGAUCGGACUCCAGUGGAAGUGAAGAAGCUGUUUGGUGCCCACCUACUUUUAUGAACAACACGAAUAACGAUGAGGGAAGUGAAUAUAACUUAAGAAAUAACAUACCAACUAAAGAUAAAGAUGUUUUACACAAAGACAGCAAAGAGUUAGAAGAAUCCGCUCCAAAAGAAAUCGCAAAACCUGAAGCACCGACACAGACUCCCUUAUCUGUAAGUAAUGUUGAGACCGAAGAGAACGAAAAGAAAGAAGAGACAAAAAUUGACUCUGAAAUGAACGUUGCAGCGAAUGAUCAGAAAGAUAGUGAAAGUAACAAUCAAAAAGUGAAUAUAUAUGAAAGAGUAUGUGAGUCAAAAGAAAACACAAAAAAAGAAAUACCUACAGAAGAUAACGAAAACGAUAAGGAACUUAAACCAAAUGAUGAGGAUGUAUACAAAGAAAGCAAUAAAUCCGAAAAAUCUGAUCAAAAUGAGUCGCAACAAUUUCCCGCAAAACGAAACGAAAAUGUGAUUAAUGUGACUAAUGAAAAAGAUAUCAAAGAACCAAGCACUCCAAACCAAUCUGAAAAUAAAACAACUGAGGAUGAAGACUCACAAAAUGGUACCCAUGCCACUGAUGAUCAGGAUGAACAGAUGCCUACAGGUCCAACUAAAAUAACCCUGUCAUCGCCAAAAAAAGAAGAAUUGUCCUCAAAGGUUGAAGUGAAUUUUUUUGCCAUAGCUUCAAGCUCAUUUUGGAAAAGAGAGAAAGAUAAAAAACAGAAACGCCUGAAAAAUAAUGUUUACCUGAAAAUUAUGGACAAACAGGAAUGGAAAUACUGGAUGACUGAAGUUAUUGGGGAAACGGGUAAAUGCCCUGUUCUGAAAAUGAAAUUCAAAAUUGAGAGAUCAAAGUGUCAAACACUUCAAUACCAGUAUGUGGUUAAAGGACCCAAAGGGGAGGAGGAACAGGAAUAUAUUUACAAUUACAACAAACAUGACAGACAAAGUCCGUUUAGAUCAAUGGGAUUACAAAAUUGUGGUAAAGUUAUAUUGCUUAUUAUGCCUCCGUAA